CCUCAUAACUGAAGUCCUCAACCAGAGUACCUUCCACACUUCAGAACACCGUAAGCUCCAUCAUCCAGAGUUAUAUAAAUUUGUCAAUCCGUCACAAUGGUCAAGGCUGUCGCUGUUAUCCGUGGAGACUCCAACAUCAAGGGUACGGUGACCUUCGAGCAGGCCGACGAGUCUAGUGCUACCACUGUCUCUUGGAACAUCACCGGCCAUGACGCGAACGCCGAGCGUGGUAUGCAUGUUCAUGCGUUCGGAGACAAUACUAAUGGGUGCACUUCUGCUGGACCUCACUUCAACCCUCACAACAAGACCCACGGUGCUCCAUCCGAUGAUGAGCGCCAUGUCGGUGACUUGGGCAACUUCAAGACUGACGGUCAGGGCAAUGCUCAGGGAAGUGUUCAGGAUAAAUUGAUCAAGUUGAUUGGAUCUGAGAGCGUUAUUGGCCGUACGGUUGUCGUCCACGCCGGCACCGAUGAUCUUGGAAAGGGCGGAAACGAGGAGUCGAAGAAGACUGGCAAUGCUGGUGGUCGCCCUGCUUGUGGGGUCAUUGGUAUCUCCGCUUAGAUGGAUGCAUAGGAUAGCCAACUGCGGUAGAAAACCAGGAAUGCUACAGCAUGCUUCAGCAACCUGAAGUCAAAUUGAAUCAGGAGAGGGAAUCUGUUCGAUGGGUUAAUAUGCUUUGAGAAUAGACAAAAGUACCUCGAUAUUCUAGCUGUCAUGGAGUUCAUACGACGACCCGAGUGAGAUUUGUC